AUGCCUUCCCUGCACCACGGAGCAAUCUUUGUCGGAGCCUUCCUCAUUGUGACCGGGGGCUCCACAGCCUUCCUGGCCUCAUACCAGAGCCGAAUGCAGGCUUUCUCCCUCUGCUGCGUGGUGCUGGGGGUGGUCAUGCUCAUCCUGGGGUUAUUCUGGGCUAUGAACAGCAAAAGUGCCGCAAACUACAAUCACCAGGAUUUCGACCCGGAGUGUCCACAUUAUCCAUACAACGACUCCCCCAACUUUAGCAGCCAUGCCCUCUUCACGCCCCCAGGGAGCCGCUUCCCCGAAUCCCAGUCAGUGUUUCUACCCAGGACAAUGGAACGCCACAGGUACGGUGCUCGUGGGGAGGACUUUGACUACCCUCCCAUGGACCAUGGUGGUUUCAGUCCAUCGCCUCGCCCUCCUCCAUGGCAGGAACCCCCGCCUCCCUAUGAGGUUGCCAUCAAGACCACAUGCAGCUCAACACACCUGCGACGCGCUUACUCAGAUACACACCUGGCAACAGAGCCUCUGUUUGGACAGUCGAGAGAGAUCAGCUUUGAGGUGUGA